AUGGUGAAAAGUUCUCUCCGUGGCGAUAUUUGCGGUUAUUGCAAUGCGUGCGUUCGAAUGCGACUGUGUGCAGCGAGAGGGCGCAGUCCUGAGCCUUUAGAGUGCGCUUACAAGCACAUAUUGGAAUCUUACGGCGGUGGGAGCGAAACCGAAAAACUACUGGAAUCUCCCAAACCGGUGUGCGCUUCGUGUCGAUGGACGUCAGAUGCCCAGUUCCCAGAGACGCCUCCUUCAUCGAGUGAUCUUAGCUUAGAGUGGAGCUCCCAAUCGUCCCAUAGGCCCCGUACACGACGUCGCAAAAGG